AUGGAGGGGCUAGUGGAAGCCAAGGGUUUUCAAGGCAAUAAGGGUGUACUUAGUGGUGGUGCUUAUCCUAGGCCACCUUAUCAAGCAAGGUCUCCAUUCCAAGCUCCUAUUCCUCAAGUACAAGCACCUAUUCCUCCAUCUCGAGGGGAAGCACCGAAGUCUAGCCUAGAGGAGAUGCUUGCCAAAGUGCUAGCAAAUCAAAAUGAGAUCAUUCAAAGUGUUCGAAAUGAGGUGCCAUCCACUACUCAAGGUUUGCAUAAGCUUAAAGCACAAGUUGGGCAAUUGACUAGUGAGAUGAGAGAAAGGAAGCAAGGAGAGCUGCCUUCCAUCACCGAGAAAAAUCCACGAGUCAACCAAGCCAAGGCAAUCACAACUUUGAGAAGUGGGAAGGCAUAUGACAAUAAGGUUACUCUUAAUGAUGAUGAUGUGGAGAUGGAUGCACUAAGGGAACCUUUGUUGACUCCCAAAGUUCCAAGAGUACCUCCCGGGUUUGAAGAGAAGUCUAAGGGCAUGAAGGAGAAUUUGAGACAUGAUGGAGUGAUCAAAGACAAGACCAAGACCAUGAAUAAUGGUGUGGGAGUAAGUCGGUCUAAGCCAAGUGUUGAGGACGUGCAAGAAGAAGUGUCACUUCCUUUUCCACAAGCGGUGUAUCAAGAGAAACCCUUGAGAAAAAAGGAGAAGAAGUCCAUGGAGUAUUUUGAUGUUGUCAAUAAGGUGGAGGUCAAUAUUCCUCUUCUUGAUGCAAUCAAGACUAUUCCUACUUAUGCCAAGUUUCUCAAAGAUUUGUGCACACACAAGAGAUACAAGAGCAAGUUGAUGAAGGAUAACAAAAUUGGUGAGAAGCCAUUUGAGAAGGCACUUAUGGAUUUGGGGGCAAGUAUAAAUUUGAUGCCUUAUGGAAUUUACAAGGAGCUUGGGUUAAGUGGCAUCAAGCCUAUCCAAAUUUCUCUCCAACUAGUCGAUAGAAGUGUGGUGUAUUCGAGAGGAGUCGUGGAGGAUGUGCUAGUGCAAGUGGACAAAUUGGUCAUACCGGCCGAUUUCGUUAUUCUUGACAUGGAGGAAGUCUACCAAUAUGAUCUCCCCAUCAUCUUUGGUAGAGCUUUUAUGGCCACGGCAGGAAAAAAGAUUGAUGUCAAAUUGGGCUUUCUCACCAUGAUCGUGUAUGACACCACUAUUGAGUUCAAGAUCUUUGAUGAAUUGAGGAAGCCCAUGAGGUUACAAAAAGUCUAUUCUAUUGAAGUAGGGGAUAACAUUGAAGACUUGGUGGAACACACCUUUCGUGAGACUUGA